GGGAGGUAACUCCGCUUUCAUCUGGGACGUGGCUCAACAUUACAGGUGAUCGCGAUGCCCCGAGACAACUUGCACCGGGCGGAGGCGCUGGGCGCUAGGGGGCCAGGCAGCCGGCCGGGAAACCCAGCUCUCUCGGGAGCCGCCCCAGGCCAGGGGUCCGCGUCCCCUCCCUUAGCCUAGGUGCGACCCGGCUUUAAGGGCCUAAGGACAAAUCGAGCACCAGGUCCUCCUGGCGCCCAGGGCGCUGCCGGCCCAGGCCCCAGGCAGCCGUCGCCGCCGGGGCAGGGCGCGAGACGGCCCGGAGCCACGGAGGCCCGGUGUGCGCCCCGCCCCUGAGCCCGCGAGCCGGGAGUCGUCCGGUUAGUCCUCUCUCGCCCUCGGGGGCCGCUGGGGCGGGGCAGGCCCUCGGGCCGGGCGGCACCCGGGCGGGCGAGUCCGUCAGCUCCCGCGGGAGGCCCGGCGAGGGCAGGAGCCUGUGAGUAGCCACGUCACGCUCCGCGGGGAGGCCCCGCCCCGUCCUCUCGGGCCGCCCCUCCUCGCCGUCUCCACGCCCCCGCGGGCAGUUACCGGCUCUGGCUGCUCGCGCCUCCCGGACUCCAGGCGAGCUCCUCGGCCCCGGCGUGCUGCGCCUCCGCGGCUGCCCGCGCCAGGUGAGGGCUCGCGGCUUCCGGCUGCGGCUCCCGGCGCGCGGUGGCGGGCUCCGGGCGUGCGCCGCGGAGAGGACGGGGCCGGCGGGCGGUUGGCGCUCCGUUCGGUGCGGGGAGGGGCGGCACGCCGGGCGCUGCGCGGCCUCGGCGGGCGGCGGCUGCGGCCACGGCGGCGGGGCUGUCGGGUUCUCUGUCCCCAGCCGGAGCCGGUCGGUGCCCAGGCCGAGAGACGGGCAGUCGGGCUCCCUGGCCUCGGGGCCACCCCGGCUGGGGCAGAGGGACCAUGUCUGCUCGCGCCCCGGUGCCCGCCGCUCAUUCUCGGGAGGAUCCGCCGGCGGUGACUGCUGAGAGGGAGCCGCUGUUGGCCGCGGCGAACCGGCCGGCGGAUCAGCCGCCCGCGUCCGAACGUGAGGGCAAGGAGGCGGCGAGGGAGGAGAGGGCCGCGGCCGCCACUAGCGCAGGGGCGCGGGGCGAGCCGUCGCCCGCGCUGGUGCUGGGACGCAGCGUGCCCCAGGCGGCUGUCCCCGUGAGGCCGCUGGCGCUGCACCUGGCGCACAAGGCGCGCGGGCCCGGGGGCCCCUUCGGCGGGGAGCCGCCACCACUGCCACCGCCGCCUCCGUCGCCGUUGCCGCCGUUGCUGCGGGAUCCACCGGCCGAGAUCGCCCGGGAGCAGGCGGCAGCUGGCCCUGAGGAAAAGCGGCAGCCGCCGCCGCUGCCGCCUAAGGGAAACCCCUGGACCAAAAAGCCUCCCCAGCACCUGUCCGCAGCCACGACAGGUCCGCCGUCGCCCCCGCUGGAAACCCUGGAGGCAGAGUUCAGUUCUCCCAAAAUUAUAAAAGCAGGAAAACUCAAGACAAAGAAAUCCAGCAAGGCUAGUUAUUUCAGCGAUAUGGAGAAUUGGCCAACACCAAGUGAAUUAGUGAACACUGGAUGUCAGAGCAUCCUCAGCCAAGGAAAUAAAAAGCCACAAAAUAGAAAAGAAAAAGAAGAGAAGAUUGAAAAGAGAAGUAACAGUGAGAGCAAAGAAAACCGAGAAACAAAAUUAAAUGGUCCCGGAGAAAAUGUCAGUGAAGAUGAGGCUCAGUCAAGUAAUCAACGAAAGAGAGCUAAUAAGCACAAGUGGGUACCACUUCACUUAGAUGAUGUAAGACCAGAGAGUCAAGAAAGACCUGGAUCCCGGAACAGCUCAAGAUGUCAACCUGAAGCAAAUAAACCAACACAUAACAAUAGGAGAAAUGAUACACGAAGUUGGAGGCGAGAUAGAGAAAAAAGAGAUGAUCAAGAUGAAGUUUCCAGUGUGAGAAGCGAGGGUGGUAAUAUCCGAGGUUCCUUUAGAGGCCGAGGAAGAGGCCGAGGACGGGGAAGAGGACGAGGCAGAGGAAAUCCUCGAUUGAACUUUGAUUAUUCAUAUGGUUAUCAAGAACAUGGUGAAAGGACUGAUCAACCAUUUCAAACAGAACUUAAUACCAGUAUGAUGUAUUACUAUGAUGAUGGUACAGGUGUACAGGUGUAUCCUGUGGAAGAAGCAUUGCUUAAAGAGUAUAUUAAGCGUCAAAUUGAAUAUUACUUCAGUAUAGAAAAUUUGGAACGAGACUUCUUUCUUCGGGGAAAGAUGGAUGAACAAGGUUUCUUGCCUAUUUCCCUGAUUGCUGGUUUUCAACGUGUUCAGGCUCUCACUACAAACCUUAAUCUCAUCUUAGAGGCACUGAAGGAUAGCACAGAAGUAGAAAUUGUGGAUGAAAAAAUGAGAAAAAAGAUAGAACCAGAAAAAUGGCCAAUUCCAGGCCCUUCUCCACGCAAUGUGCCACGAACAGACUUCUCUCAACUGAUUGAUUGUCCAGAGUUUGUACCAGGCCAAGCCUUUUGCUCACAUACAGAGUCUGCCCCAAAUUCUCCAAGAAUUGGAAGCCCAUUGAGCCCAAAGCAAAAUAGUGAAACAAGUAUUCUUCAAGCAAUGUCUAGAGGUUUGUCUACCAGUUUGCCUGACUUGGACUCAGAACCUUGGAUAGAAGUAAAAAAGAGACAUCAGCCAGCCCCAGUGAAAUUGAGGGAAUCAAUGUCUGUACCUGAAGGGUCAUUAAAUCAGCUAUGUUCUUCAGAAGAACCAGAACAAGAAGAACUUGAUUUUUUGUUUGAUGAAGAGAUUGAACAAAUAGGACGAAAAAACACAUUUACUGAUUGGUCUGAUAAUGAUUCAGAUUACGAAAUUGAUGACCAAGACUUAAAUAAGAUUUUGAUUGUAACUCAGACACCACCUUAUGUGAAAAAACAUCCUGGAGGAGAUCGAACAGGCAACCAUAUGUCUCGGGCAAAAAUCACAUCUGAACUUGCUAGAGUUAUCAAUGAUGGCUUAUAUUAUUAUGAACAGGAUCUAUGGAUGGAAGAAGAUGAAAACAAACACACAGCCAUAAAGCAAGAAGUUGAGAACUUUAAGAAGCUAAAUCUCAUUAGUAAAGAGCAGUUUGAAAACCUAACACCUGAACUUCCUUUUGAGCCAAACCAAGAAGUUCCUGUAACACCUUCACAGUCCAGGCAAGAUUUGACUGGUGGAUUAGCUCAGAAGCUAUUUGAUGUUUCAGAGAUAACUUCGGCAGCAAUGGUUUGUUCGUUGCCUACGGCAGUUCCAGAAUCUCCUAGAAUUCAUGCUACAAGAACACCUAAAACACCUCGAACACCUAGGUUACAAGAUCCUAACAAAACACCAAGAUUUUAUCCUGUUGUUAAGGAACCGAAAGCCAUUGAUGUAAAGAGUCCAAGAAAGAGAAAAACAAGGCAUAGUACAAAUCCCCCUCUAGAGUGUCAUGUUGGUUGGGUAAUGGAUUCCAGAGACCAUGGGCCAAGAACAUCCUCUGUCAGUACUUCAAAUGCUUCACCUUCAGAAGGUGCACCACUAGCAGGAAGUUACGGAUGUACUCCUCAUUCAUUCCCAAAGUUCCAGCAUCCUUCUCAUGAACUUCUGAAGGAAAAUGGCUUUACCCAAGAAGUAUACCACAAGUAUCGUCGAAGAUGCCUAAGUGAGAGAAAACGCUUGGGAAUUGGUCAGUCCCAAGAAAUGAAUACCCUCUUUCGUUUCUGGUCCUUUUUCCUCAGAGAUCACUUCAAUAAAAAAAUGUAUGAGGAAUUUAGACAACUUGCUUGGGAAGAUGCAAAAGAAAAUUACAGGUAUGGGUUAGAAUGUCUGUUCAGGUUUUACAGCUAUGGACUGGAAAAAAAAUUCAGACGAGAAAUUUUUAAGGAUUUCCAAGAAGAAACCAAAAAAGACUACGAAUCUGGUCAGCUGUAUGGACUAGAAAAAUUUUGGGCUUAUUUGAAAUAUUCUCAGUCUAAGACACAGUCCAUUGACCCAAAACUUCAGGAAUACCUCUGUAGUUUUAAGAGGUUAGAAGACUUCCGUGUUGAUCCCCCUAUUAGUGAGGAAUUUGGAAGAAAAAGGCAUUCAUCUACUGGUGAGGAUAGUAAUCAUCACAGACUUUCACCUAAUUCCUCUACAAAGCCACCAAAUGCUGCUAAAUCUACAUCUGCCAAUCAGCUUCAGGUUCCAAUAAACUCUCCAGGAAGGAAUACUUCACCAGAGUUCAGUGACAAUUCACAGUAACACGGUGCUGCCUGUGGUCUCAACAAAUGGUGAAAUGCCUGAGAAACAGACUCUUAUGAACGUCGUUUGUCCUUGAAGUCAACAUUUACAUCAGUAUUUAUUUGGGGAAAAUCUUGUGAUGUUUAAUUGUGAUAAUCAGAAAGAAGAAAAAGGAAGAAAAGUGGUAGCAUUUUUUUCUAACAAGAUAAAUUCUAAAAAUGUUUUCCCUGGUUUCACAAACAAGGAUAGUCUUGGUCACCUUUUAUAGAGAUCCUCCAGUAAUGUAUUUGAUCUCAGAUUUCUUUUUCAAAGCCAUUGUUUUACAAAAACAGCAUUCCUUAAAUAUAUUUUAAAAACAAUACAAGGAAUGCCUAAAAUUUCAGCUCAUACUUCUUAAAGAAGAUAUAGUUAGUAUGUUGUAUUCUUCUCUUCUAUAGAGCUUUCUUAAAGAAUCCAAUUACCCCACUGUCAAUUCAUUUUGAACUUACCAAAAACAAAGGAAGAUUACGUAUAUAUAUUUUUAAAUUCAAAAAAGAAUAUGAAAUGAUACAUUUACUUUUCCUUUGAGACGCAUAGUUUAAAGAACACUUUUUUUUUUAAACAAACGUAGAAAUAUAUAGCAAGAUUGUAGUCACAGUGAGUAUACGCACUUCUGAUGCUACGUUUUGCUUUUCUCCCCCCGUCAUAUCUCAUGAUUUACACAGUUGUGUUGGUGUGUAGUUUUCUCAGUUGGCAUAAGCUGAUUACAUAUUAGAAGUUUAUUUUUAUGAUUCUAUGUAAACAUGCACAAGUAAUUUAAAACCCACGUUGAGAUUGGUUGGAAUAUUGUCCUAAAUUAAUUAAAUCUUUCACUGUUUUGAAUGCAUCUGCUAUUUAUUAUUUCUGCAAGUGGGUCUGUCAUAAGCAGUCAGAUUAUCUUUUAUUUAAAAUGACUACUUAGUUUUUCCUUUUUAUUUUUUAAUUUUGGUUUUAUAAAUGUUUUUGAGAGUUAUAGCAAAUUAAUUUCUAAUUUUUCAUUGCUAUUACAACUGAUGUAAAUGAUAGUUUCAGUUUUUGUGAGAUUUAAAAAAUAAAGCACUUAUUCUGAGUUUUUUGAAUUUAUUUUUAAUUAUUUUUAUUUAGAACAUAGUUGAAAAGCUGUAAUAUUCAGAUUUUGCUAGUGAAAGACCUUUUUUUGUGAAUGAAGUUUCAGUUAUAAACUUACAUCCACUUUUAUUGAGCACUACAUGAUUUACAAAUAUUUUUAUUAUAUUGGCAAAAACAAGUGGUUUCAAUACACUAAAUUAAUUUGUAUUUUCUUUUUGAGCAGAUUGGAUGUCUUAUAAAUUAUAACAUUGAAAUACAUGUAAUCUUCUUUGGAUGGAUGGGCUGUUAAUUUGUAAAUAGGUUUUCAAGUUAUUUCUCAUGAUAAGUAAUAAUCUGCAGUUUUAUAAUAUUUACUAUUUGGAGGGUCAUUUGAUGCUUUAAAUUGGGGAAAUAGUGUCAAAUUUGAAUAUUCAGAAAAUAAAUUUAUUUAGAGAUACUGUAAAGAGGGUGCAAAACAAGCAGUGGGUUAGAAUAAUAAAACUUCAAGUCUUUUCUUAAAUGGGGUGUGUAGUUCCAGCUUUUCAGUGAGAAAUUUCCAAACCAUGCUUAUUAGCUUUAAAUGAUUUCUUGAAAUAAUCUAUAAAUUUUUCUCAGUAUCCUUUUUGUGUUGAAAACAUACCUCUGAAACCUGUAUUUAACCAGAUUAUUUCUACUCAACUGAGUAUACAAGUGUAAAUUUGAUUGGAAAAUUGUAUAUUAUAAAUGAAAAUAUAAUAA